AUGGAGAGGUCUGAGGACUGUGGGUCAGAUAGUGAAUCCGACUCAGGGGUGGAGAUGGACAAUGUGUCUGAUCCUGGAGUUGGAAGUGUUAACACAAUGCCAGAAGAAUCCUCAAAUGAGUCCAUAAGGUUCAUUUGUCCUGGUGAAGCUUGUCCCUGUAUCUUACGUUGCAGCCGAUUGGGAGAAACUGAUGGUGUGGAAGGAGUGGAUAAGAUGUUCAAAGAAACCGUUGAGGCAGUGAGAGAAAUCACAGAGAAACAUCAUGACCAUGGGUACUAUCUUCAGUUGGUGAGGAGAGAGCCAGGAUUUGAAUUCUUCUUGAAGGACUCAGAAAAGUUCCUCCCUGGUGUGACUCUGUUCGCCCAGGAGAACAAUCUGACUGUGGUCACUGAGUUUUUCCUCUUAGGCUUUCAAGUCAGCCAAGAUUUAAGAAUUCUCCUGUUCUGUCUUCUCCUGGUGGUUUACUGUGGGACAAUAUGUGGGAACUUAUUGAUCAUCGUCCUAGUGUCCACCAGCAGAAAUCUCCACACUCCAAUGUACUUCUUCAUCUCACAACUGUCCAUCAGUGACAUCAUAUUGACCACAGACAUUGUCCCCAACCUGCUCUACAUCCUACUGAAUAAUGGGGCGAACAUUACUUUUAUAGACUGCUUCACUCAGUUUUAUUUUUUUGCUGCUGCAGAAAGUUUUGAAUGUUUUCUUCUCACUUUGAUGUCUUAUGACAGAUAUGUGGCCAUCUGUAAUCCCCUCCGUUAUACUUCUAUCAUGACAAAUCAACAUUGUGUGAUUUUGACAAUCAUGUGUUGGUUGCUUGGGAUUUCUAGUGUUUUGCUUUACAUCAUAACAAUUGCAAAGCUAAAUUUUUGUGGCCUAAACGUCAUUGACCAUGUUUUCUGUGAUCUUAUUCCCUUGCUAGAGCUUCCAUGUUCUGACACCUUCUUUAUUCAUUUGGAGAUGUAUUUACUAAGUGUUGUAACUGUAUUUAUACCAACCACAAUCAUUGUAGUGUCUUAUACGUACAUUGUUAACUCAGUCUUAAAGAUCCCAUCCAGUACUGGUAGACAGAAAGCCUUCUCCACUUGUAGCUCCCACCUUAUUGUGGUCUCCAUAUUCUACUGGACUAUGUUCAGUGUUUACGUCGCCCCAACAAAAGGCCUAACGCUCUCCAUAAGUAAAAUCCUAUCCCUUCUAUAUACUGUCUUUACUCCUUUUAUAAACCCCAUUAUAUACAGCCUGAGAAAUAAAGACAUUAGGAAAGCCGUACAGGAAAUAUCUCAUAAGUUUGUUUAA